AUGGAUUCUCGACUAGACACGUCGUCGGGCCGCUUUGGAGGGCAAUGGGCUUUUCUUUCCACUCCUUCACAUCAUGGAUCAAGGUCUCUCCCGCCCUCUUCGAGCUACCUACGAAGUGACCGAAGCAAUGUCUCUCCUCUCCCGACCGCCCUGCAUUUCCACCAGCUCAAUGCAUCUCGCUCAAGCCUAACCAGGCACGUCCAGACCCCUUCCAUCGGCGGCCGCAGCUCGACUACAACUAUUCCCUCCCAACCCGUCGUCGUCCGUGUCCAUUCCGACGAUGCCUCUCUCCAGAUCCGCCCACCAAGGCCCAGAUCCAAACCAGGCCCCAUGAAUAACGAGCUGCCCCCUGCCCAUGAAUUCAGUUUUCGAGGAAUUUUGGCGGCGGUAGAGGAGGACAUCGAAGAAGACGUCAAUGCAAUAGCCGAAAUAUUUGGGAGGAGCCGGCUGGUGCGGGCAGACCAGCAUGAGAGCCACUUGCCUCCCCAGGGAGAGAUCAGGGCCAUCAGCAGUCCUUUACAGGCAGUGGCCGAGGCGAGCGCAAGCAAUGAGCGUCUUGCCGCUGCCGCAGACGAUGUUGUUAUCCUCCGAGAAGAUGCAAGUCUCGUCGACGGAAGUCACGCUGGCUCUGCCGCAUAUGGCUUGCUUGAGAGGCUACAAGCUGUCCCACGCACCAGGCGCAUGCGCAGUGAGACCUUGGGGGCCGGUCCCUCAAGGCCGGGCACUGGCUCAAUACGCCACGCUUCAGCGCCUGUGAUUCUAUCGGAUGUGCCGCCAGUUGUCGAAGAUCAUGAACGAUUAGCGCUAUCUGGACAGUCACGCUCGUCUCGCAGGUUGCUUCAGAGCUCUGUGGCGGAGCAUGAAGUCGAAGAACCGCCUUCCAGAGCAACCAAUGCUGUCGUAUCGGAAACAUAUCUCUCUGCCGGGGCAAAUGCCGUUACGAUUUCUGACCCUCCUGUUGUUUCAGAAGGAGGUCGUCACUAUCCACUGUACAGUUUUGACGACAGCGGGCUUUUCGAGGGGCCUGCGGCUCCUUGCCCCCCUCCACCUACGACCUUCCGGGAAAGAUUACAGUCGCUGAUUCCUAGAAUGGAGUUACACAGUUUCGUGCCCUGGGUCCACGGUCAACGCAGCCAGGCCGUAAGCGCAGAGUCCCAACUUCGGGACAUACUCGACAGGCAUCAACGCGCGCGGGACUCGCGAAGAAACUUGGUGGCAGCGACAGAGAGCCCGGAAUUGUACGAAUAG